GUUUUAUUUUUUUUCAGUAAUUCAUGUUUAGCUUUUGUAUAGGAGUUUGAAGAUGUGCCUGAUGCGGGAUGAAAAAAACAUAGCUUUUCAUGGUCUGAAAUAUGCGAAGUAUGAAGUCUUCGCUCAAAAUCAGGGAUAAACUAUUAAUAUUCGUCUACAUUUCGUCAUCUAUCAUUUCGGAAAGGCUGAAUAUAAGUGGUGGAUCUUUUCAGAAUGACAAAUUUUUGGACAUCAAUCCAAUGCUUGUUUUUGGUAACAUUGGACCAAAGCAAUGUAUAAAAGACUGUAUGCUUCACUACGGGUGUAAUGCUGUUAACUAUGAUAACAAACGUCUGAACUGUGAACUGUUAGCCUUUACAAGUCCAAACUAUACCUUAUUAGAUUGGAAGGGACACUAUUUCACAGAAAUAAACGAGUUGGUACAGGAUGAGAACUCUUGCUGGCCAAACCCAUGCAGAGGCAAAACCAAAUGUGAAGCUGAUUUCAACAACCAAUAUAUCUGUGUAACUUACAAUUACAGUUACAUCAAUCCUACUGAAGGCUUAGUAAUUUCUUCUACUUUGUAUCCAGGAUAUUACCCACACAACAAUCGGAGAGCUUGGAGUUUUGAGACUCAAUAUGGAAGAAGAAUUGUCAUACAUUUCUACGCUUUUAGUACUCAAAGCUGUCAUGAUGUUUUGAAGAUAUAUACCAGUUCGGACAAAUCCAGUCCUAUUAGAUUAUGUGGUACAUAUAUUCCUGGUGAUAUCUUGUCAGAUGAUAAUGCCUUACAUAUAGAAUUUAGUAGUGACCAUUCAGUUAGAUAUUAUGGAUUUUCAAUUAACUUGUAUACAAUUAAAGCGUAGAAAGAUAAAACAUUUGACGUUUCAUCACCGAUGGUAUCACCAUCUUUGUAGUCAACAUUUCUGUGUUAACAUCAAAUAUCAACAACUCAGUCAUUUUCUGUUAACUGACUUGAUAAAACAUGAGAAUUGUUCGAACAUGUCGAAACACUAGGGUAUUUAUUUCUACCCAAAGGCAUAGUUGGCUGUAGCCAGAUUUGUUACAGUAUUUGGGAAAUUUUGGAUUUCAAUGCAUUUCAAAUGAAAUUACAGUUUAUAAAUUUCGUGAUUUCGAAGCUCCAAGUUUCUUGAUAUAUGAAUGGAAUAUCCAAUUUUGAAUACAAACAGUGUAAAAUUAUAUCGAAGGUAUCAAAAAUCAUACAAAAGUUGACGUUGCAUCAUGCUUAACAUUAGAAGCACGUUACCAUUUAUAAGCAUUUGAUAAAAAUGCAUUGCAUAGCAUUAUGCUAUUAACGAUCAGUUAGACAUGCUGUUUCGUUUUAGUGUAUUUCACUUCUUUUUACAUUAUUUAUAUGGUUAAAUUUGGUUUAACAAAUUAAAGUAUCGGUUAAAUGUAGUAUUUAUUAAUUGAUAGUUCCGUAAGUAUUUCCCGACGAUUGGCCAAUUAAAAUCCAGUCGGGUGACUUUUUGUUAUUUUGUUAUUUUUAUUUUUUUGUGCCCCGAUAUCCCGGUCGAGCUCUAUGACUAUAGGAAUUAUGAAUAAAGUCAUAACAUGUAACCGGGUCACCGGCAGUCUACUGUUUAGAAAUUGGAAUGAGCAGACGCUAAUACUAUGCAUGGUAAGUUUGUAAGGGACAUUGUAUUAAACAACAUGUAGACCAGCCGCCACCAUACACUUUUAUAUUUAAUGUAUGUAAAUUUAUAUCCAAUCUUCUCAAUAAAAAAUGCAUUCAUA